AUGAGACACUGUUCCAGAGAGCUGCUCAAAGUAUUCACAAAUGUAACACUACUGCUAUGUAUUAUAAUCUUUACUGUUGUUAAGUUUUGGGACAUAGACACUAAACACUUCGAAAUAGAUGAUAAAUUAGCUUUGAAUGAUGCAUUGCAUCAGUACCGUUAUCUAAUUGAUAACCAAAUUCAAAAUAUUGAACUGGUAAACUAUUAUAAGAAUAUAGAACACUCAAAUAAGAAACUAAUGAACUAUUUAGCAUAUGCAUCUUCUGAAACCAACAAUACUAUGAUAAGUUUUCUGAAUAAAAAUGUGAAACCUAAUACUUUCCACUCACAUAACGACUACACAAGACAGAUGCCUUUGUUUGAAGCUUUGAGUCUGGGCCUGACAUCAAUUGAAGCUGACGUUUGGUUAGGAACUGAUAAUCAAAGGUUAUCAGUUGCACAUAGGGAAACUGACCUGUUAAACUAUCCUUUAAGGGAUUUAAAUGAUCUCUACACAGAACCUUUAUUAACGAUGUUAAAUGAUGUUAACGAGAUAUAUGAACAUUUUGAUUAUAAUUCAAACACUACUACCAUUGCAAAAAAGGGUCUAUACCACGAAUCUGAAAAUAGAACAAUGUUCUUAGUAAUUGAUUUUAAAUCAGAAGAUUCAAGUCAAACGUAUACUAGACUUAUGGAUACAUAUUUAAAACCUUUUAUUGAAAAUGAUUUCAUUACUUUUUUCAAUAUUACAAGCAAUGAAAUGAGUUGGAGACCAAUAACAGUAAUACUUACUGGGAAUAAACCAACCGAUCUAUCUAUUAUUGACAAGGAUUCAGAAACAGAUAAAAUUGGUUAUUUGGGAGACAGUAAGAGAUAUGUUUUCCCGGAACAGAUGCUGGAUAAUUUAACUAAUCUUGAUGAAAGUUCAAAGACUUUUGUAGCAUCAACUUCUUUCAGUAAACUAUGCAUGGCCUGUGAUAUAUCACCAUGGAAAGUUAUACUGAGAGGGAAAUUACCUGCUAGAGGUUUACGCUGCUUUAAAAAGUUCAUUGAUGACGCCCAUGCAAAUAAUCUUAAGACAAGAAUAUGGGGGGUACCCAAAUCACUACUAGGUUUCUCCAAAAAUUUUUGGAGACAGCAAAUAGAUGAUUUAGGUGUUGAUUUCAUCAACGUGGAUCAUUUAUCAAGGGUCUUAUCGUAUCCAAAUUACGAUCACAAUUAG